CCAAGUCACAGGUCUUCCAACAGCCUUUCGUUGACGACUCGUUUUGCCUUGGCCUCUUACCGCUUAAGCCUUUACGACUACCACCAUGAUGAAAUUGAAAUCUGUCGGUCUUGUCCUUCUUCUCACGGCAACCUUUGCCUACUCCGGUGUUGAUGGUGCCAAUGCGUGUGCAACGGCCCUCAACAGCAAAUUGCACAACGCAGACCUGAAUUCUGCCUUCAGCGCCUGCAUGUCGGAUCCAGCGGGACUUGCCGCCUUGACUGCCAUCGGAGGUAAUUCUGGCUGCGGGGGCUACAACUUCGCUGUCGGCGAUCUCAAGUGCGAAGUUGGCGCAGCUCCCUUCAUGAAAUGUGUAGCGGGAAAACUUGGUUACUUGAACGCUAAUGGCUCCAUCAACGCCACGAAGAUCUUAGCCCAGUACAAGACUUACGCCACUAGCGACCCUACCUGCAAAGUUGCUCAGUACAACUUCGCUGCGAAAAAAUGUGGCACUACCAUCAAGAACUAUGCCUUCCUGGCGAAGGCCGCUUGCAUCGCCACGGCGACGGACCAGUACACUGGGUGACCUGCGCAAUCUUGUCCUCAUUCCUCCAUCUGAUUGGCGGCUUUGAAGUGUUCGCAACAGGUGCACAAUAAUAAUUAGAGAACCACUUUCUCCAGUCUAUGAAUCCACGUGCAGUAAAAAAUGUCUAGUGGGAAGUUCAUUGUAAUUUGUGAUAUUAUAAAUUCAAUUAAACACUUCUUAAAAUUAUUAAAAUAAUUAUUAUUAUAUACAAAAGUGAAAUUGAAACACUUCUGAAGCAGUGAAACAUUUCACUUUGUACCAAUAUAUUUUGUAUCAAUAAAUUUAUAUUUGAUGCACUUGAAAUUAGUAGAAUUCGAGUGGUUCAAUAUAAUGUGGCUUGAAUAUAAGUAUAAAUAAGCGUAUGACAAAUCAUUAUACAGUAAACUUCAAUAUAAUCAGAAAUGUUUUUAGCAUUCCUUGCACUUCAAACUUAGUGACUUGUUAUUGUCCCUGGAACCUCUGCACUUUUUUUUUACUUCUUCUGAAAGGUUGAAAAAGUUUCUGAGCACUUCAACAAUGAAUUUUUAUACAGCUUGGGUGAAAUAAUUUACAAUACAUUAUGUGCAUGACUG